AUCAACACGGAAGUGUGAAAUGGCUCCGAGUGGACUGAAAGCUGUGGUGGGAGAGAAAAUCCUUAACGGAGUCCUGAAGAGUGUGAAGAAAGAUGGGGAAUGGAAGGUUCUUAUUGUCGAUCACGUCAGCAUGCGCAUUCUCUCCUCCUGCUGCAAAAUGUCUGACAUCAUGGCAGAAGGGGUAACCAUUGUGGAAGACAUUACCAAGCGCAGAGAGCCGAUCUCCAGUCUGGAGGCAAUCUACCUCAUCUCCCCUACACCAAAGUCAGUCCGUGCUCUGAUUGGAGACUUCAGGGACUCGGCAUACACUUACAAGGCUGCACACAUUUUCUUUACCGACAAUUGUCCGGAUGGUCUUUUUGCUGAGCUUGGAAAAUCAAAAGUCUCAAAGGCAAUCAAGACACUGAAGGAAAUUAAUGUCGCUUUUUUACCAUAUGAAUCCCAGGUGUUUUCUCUGGAUAAUCCUGGUUCACUGCACGCGUUCUAUAGCCCCAGUAGAACUGACCAGGGCGAACGAACCAGAAUGAUGGAGGCUGUGGCCGAGCAGAUUGCAACACUGUGUGACACACUGAAGGAGUACCCAGCUAUCCGCUACCGCCAAGGAGCAAAGGAGAACUCUGCCCUGGCUGAGAUGGUGCUGGACCGGUUGAAUGCACAUAAAGCAGACAACCCCAGUAUGGGAGAGGGUACAGAUAAAGCACGUUCCCAGCUGUUGAUCAUCGAUCGUGGCUAUGACCCAAUCACUCCGAUUCUGCAUGAGCUGACCUUUCAGGCCAUGGUCUAUGACCUGUUGAAGAUGGAUGGAGACAUCUACAGGUACAACAUGAGCGGUCUCGCAGAGGACAAGAUGAAGGAGGUUCUGCUGGAUGAGGAUGAUGAACUGUGGGUGCAGCUCAGACACAUGCACAUAGCCGACGUCUCCAAGAAAGUUACUGAACUACUGCAUACCUUUUGUGAGAGUAAGAGGAUGAACACAGACAAGGCCAACAUCAAAGAUCUAUCUCAGAUGCUGAAAAAGAUGCCACAGUACCAGAAGGAGCUAAGUCUGUACUCUACUCAUCUGAACCUGGCUGAUGCCUGCAUGCAGAAAUUCAAGAUGUCUCUGGACAAACUCUGUGAGGUGGAGCAGGACCUAGCUAUGGGCUCCAACUCUGAAGGUGAACAGCUUAAAGAUGCCAUGAAGAACAUCGUCCCUGUCCUCCUCAACACCGAGGUUCAAGCCUAUGACAAAAUUCGCAUCAUACUCCUUUACAUCUUCUACAAGAAAAAGGGCCUUACUGAAGAGAACCUCACCAAGCUCAUCCAGCAUGCCAAUGUGCAGCAGAACAGCAACAUCAUCACCAACUUGCAGCAUUUGGGAUGCCCCAUCAUCACUGGUGGUGCUAAUGCUGGGAAUUCUCUGCCAGUUAGGAAAGAGCGGACUGAAAGCACAUACCAGCUGUCCCGCUGGACCCCUAUCAUCAAAGAUAUCAUGGAGGACAUAAUUGAGGACAAGCUGGACCGAAAAAAGUGGCCAUUCCUCUCUGAUCCUGCUCCUAUCACCACCACUCAGACUGUAGUAAGCAGUGCUCGCUUUGGACACUGGCACAAAAACAAGGCUGCUACAGAGUACCGCUCUGGCCCUCGACUCAUCAUCUUCGUGAUCGGUGGGGUGACGUAUUCAGAGAUGCGCUCAGCUUAUGAAGUGACCCGUGCGACUGAAGGCAAAUGGGAGGUCCUGAUUGGUUCAUCCCACAUUCUCACCCCAACCAGUUUUCUUGAGGAUUUAAAGACACUGGACCAGCCAGCACAAGCAUCAGCUUAGCAGUAAAGCAUUGAAAACCUAGCAUUGAGAGAACCCAUUACCCAUCCAUGGUUUUACAUUUAAUCCUGAGUAGUAACCUGAUCCUUUACACUCUUUUAAAGUUUCCUUGUUUUAAUAGUUAGAAGCAUAUUCAGUAACGUAUGUAUAUAUUCAUGCUAUUUAAUUAAUUUAAAAUGAUUUGUAUGACUGUAAUGCCUGUAAUUGAAAACUAUUCAGUAAGCCGGAGCGACAUUUCUUGCUAGUAUACAGACAACCACUUUUUCUGUUUUUUUUGCUAACUUUACUGACACUGAAGCAUAUAGAGCUGUGAUUAUAUACACUGGAUACCUGGGUAAUACACUGUAGCUUCCUUUACUGUCACUUUUUUUAUUUAUUUAUACAGUAUACUGCUAUUGUCUGUACUGCCUGAGUAGCUUCUCUAGCUAACAGAUGAAGGCUAAAGUGACCAAACUUUUGUGCUAUGUCACUGUUUUUUCUAUAAAGAGGGAGAUACUGCUUUAGCUUCAGCCUGAGUUACUGUGAGCGUCGUGUUAUUGCUUAGAUCAGUUCCUUGCCACUUUGAUCAAAGUUUUAUGUAAUCAGAAGCCUUGGGAUCGAACUGUUUGACUAAAAAAAUGUUGGUCACUGUAAGUUCACUUAACAUAACCGGCUCAAUGAGCCAACUUAACCAACAACACAUUACUUUUAUACAGAGAAAUGUUAAAGACAUUGAUUGCCAAAUGCUGUGGUGAGCGGAGCAGCAUAAAAUGCUUAUUAUUUGAAAGUAGUUGUAAAAAUGAAGCACGUUUUACUGUUUCUUCCAUGUUCUGUUGAUCGGUUGAUUUUUUUUUUUGUGGUGGACUCUCUCACUUUCUUUCUUUUCUUUUUUUGUUGUUUUUCUUAUAUUAAACUGAUGCACUUUGUAUAAAUGUGUAAUUUCUGGUUAAAUAAUAAAUAAAGUUAAAGCAUCUAAAGUUU